AGCCGCGCGGAGAUACUUUCCACGGGGGUCCUCGUUCGUCGACCGAUUCGUGUUCAAUAAAAAAAAACAUAAAAAGACAAGGAGGCUAUUAACUGAAAGAAAGUAAAUCAUGAGUAUUUAUUAACGUGCCAAAGAAACCUACAAACCUUAAAAACCAAAUAGCCAAAGAUUAAAGCUCCUGACGAAAGGUCAAUUAACUGAAGCGUGCAGUCAAUAAUAUUCCAGUUAACUAAACGAAACCAAGCUGCCAAAGUGAAAAGAAUGAGAAAUAAGUUCUGAAAGUAUUUAGAAACCAACAAAAAACACUCGAAACAAGUUCAAAUUGCACUGGACUGGCAACUUCCGCUUCCGUUGAGUGCUUCAAUUUCAGUUUAAUGUUAACUCCAACAAAACCCAAAUUGACAAGAACAACCGAGACAUAAAUAAAGUGAACAUAAAACAAGAACCGAAAAAAAGUUUUUUGUAGCCUCCUUCUCCGCACUCGAAACAAAGGGAUACGGAUCCUCCUCGAAGAUACGAAAGGGGAUAAACUGCAUAAAUCAACGCCACUGCAAAAGCCAAGAGCAACAAUAACUGGAAGCAAUUAAUUUUAUUCAAACAAGAGCAACAAUAAGGACGACGACAAAAAAAUGGAUUACGGCUGGCUGAUGUUUCUGUUCAUCGCCUUUUUAAUUGAUUACCCAACUGCAUAUGCCUUGUUUGUAACGGAUAUUAGUGUGCCCGAGAUUGUGGAUUUCCGGGACAAUGUGACCUUAUCCUGCAGCUACGACAUGCGUGGUCACACGCUAAAUUCGGUGAAGUGGUACAAGGAUCACGAGGAGUUCUUCAGAUAUUCUCCUCUGACGAGUCCUAUUUACAUGACUUUCGGAGUCCCUGGACUGCAAGUGCUGGACGGGAAGUACCUAUGCAACGAAUCGAGUUGCAGGUUGGAUUUGAGUUUACAGGGGGCCAAAUCCACGGGACUCUAUAAGUGCGAAGUUAGCGGCGAUGCCCCCCAUUUUAAACUGGCGGACAAAGCGGACAACAUGACGGUGGCAGCUUUGCCCCAGAUCGAUCCGCUCAUCGAGAGCUUCAAUUCGAUGUAUCGCAUGGAGGAGUUCCUCAGCGCCACCUGCUCCUCCGAUUAUUCCAGUCUGCCAACACGGCUCACCUGGUACAUCAAUGGCGAACAGCCCCUGCUGGGUGAACUGCAUCCCACAACCGACACCAGCAUUGCGGCCCACGAUUAUGUUCUGCGGCGCCAGAGGCUUCAGGUGCACUUCUAUUUGCAAGGACAGCGCUUUUUCCAGGCCGGGAAAAUCCUUGAGCUCAAAUGCGUAGCGGAAAUUGAGAAUUAUCCGGAGCUGAGGCGCGAAAAGACACUCAGUGCGUCGCUAUCGCAGUUCGACAAUUUCAACAAUCAAAUGCCGCUGAGACAUGCGAAUGCCAACUCUGGUGCCGCACAAAGGAGCGUCAGGACAUCACUAAUUUCCGCCAUCCUGGCGGCAAUUCUAUUAACUCGCGGUAUGCGACGCCCUUCAUGAACACUGACAUCUAUCACAGAAUCGGAAUCGGCGGAGAACUAAAAUCCCCGUCUUCGGAAUGGAAAACGCCUCGAAUGGCAACUUUGUCAACUAUAUCAUCACGUUAGUUAGUCAGUCAGUUAAUCACAUAGUUAGUUAGUUAGGGUAACAGACAAAGGUAAGACCGCAAACUAGUAAAUAGGGAAAGCUUUUGAGUUGAUGAUUGUAAAUAAAACUUAGGGACUAAGGAAAAUAUGUUGAAGGUUAAAAAUGCUCAAGGAACAAGAAAACAAAAAGUCAUAUUGCUGUUUCUAACUUUUUAAGAUCGUUUUCAAGUGCCCGUUUUUUAAUAAUUUUAGACAUCUUAAACUUUUGCAUUUAAUACAAAAACUACAAGUUGAUAUUUUUGUUAAUAAAUGAUUAAUUAAAGAAAUUUAGCGAAUCAGAAUUUAUUUGUAUAAAAAAGUAAUCAUUUUUAAAUGACAAAGUCAGUAUUUCUUUUAAAAUUCGACAUGUUAACACACAUUUCUUUGCAGUGAAAGUCAUGUUAUCCUUGUAAAUUGAUAUUUUCAUGUCGGUUAGUUCAACAAGCAUAGUGAAUAAAAAAUAACUGGAAAUUAAAACAAACAAAAACUGCCAGGAAAAAUUGAUUUACCUGCCUGACACUGAUACUAGCCAAAAUAAGUCACUCUCCAGCAAACCGAACGAAUUUCCAAUAUAUGUAUAUAAGCGUAAUUUUUUCGAUUGUUGUUCGGCAAUUGAUUUUCAUUCGUAGUGCACAUGGACAUUUUUUCGAGCAAAUAUAUCCGCGCACACCCCAUGCCAAGGGUUUGGGUAAAGUAUAAAAAAAAAUACAUAUGAAACACCAUAAAAAAUAAGUGAACACAUAAAAAGAGAAUUAAUGGAAAAAAAUGCGAUUUUAUCAGUGGAAAACGAGAAUGCAGAUGCUGUAAAAAUUAUUAUAAUUAAGUCUAGCAUAAAUAUGUUGUAAAUACAAUUUUAAACAUUCAAAACAGAGGACAAACAACUAUAAAUCAUGUCACUAAGCCAGACUCAACCAUAUACGUAUGUAUAUAAAGCUAUUCGCUAUAUUUCUCAGCAUGUAUUUACUAAGGCCGACAUAAAAAACAAACAGCUAAAUCACAUAGAUAAUAAAACAUAACACAACGCAAUACAAAUUUCAUUUAGCUGAGCAACUACAAAUAGACACUACUCAUUAUCCGCCGGGUGAAGACCCUCUAAAAAGAUCUGGCAACAGACGGCCAACUAAAAAGUAUAUAAAACAUAUUUUACCGUGGUAUAGUAAUAAAACGUUGCCUGGACAUUUCCAAAAUCACCUUUUUUGUUUAUAGGUAUAUCCAAUUAAAGUGAAACGCAGCGUGUGUGAUGAGAAAACAUGCAAACUAUAAAAUAUAAAUGUAUAAAUUAAUUUACCUUCUCAUUCGCACAUCUUUCGGUUGUAAAGAAUAAAAAACACACACAAUAUAAUAAAAAUAAACGAGAGCAAAUAACGAUAAUGUAUAUAAAAGCAUUUACUUUACUUUUUCAUUUCGGCGAAUGGCCAUUAAAUUGUGUAAAAUAUUUCAAAAGGCGAACUGCAAUGCAUUUGUUUUUUGU